AGAUCGUGUUUUGCAUGGUAUCUUCGCUGUUCUUUAUCGAAAACAAGCCUAACGAGGAAAAAAGUGCCCAAGGAAUGACCUCGACUGUUAUUGUGUUAAUUUCUCUGUGUACAAAAUACACUAACACUAGGCCUAGCAUUAAGCAAUGCACCAUACACUCUCUCUGUAGCAUACGUUGUAAAUGUAUAGCGUAUAUACUUGCAUGUCCGUACGAAGGCCUAUUUUCAUUCCUAUUGUAUUGCUUAUCAUCAUGCUGAUGCUCAUGAUUUCAGAUAUUCAAUGCAGUUAUGGCCUUGACACUUCUCAGGGCAGCCCGGGGUGCAUCUUUGAUGCGUCGGAGCACCUCACUAACGUUCCGAGCAGCGACAAUCUCAAUGAACCCGAAGUCUGUGGAGGAACAGAAGCAAUUCUGGGAGAAAAAUGAAGUUCGCCUCAAGCGUCCGAUGUCACCGUAUAUGACAACAUUCAACUUUGGUUUCACCUCCGGACUGUCGAUUAUGAACAGGGCAACAGGGAUGGCUUUAACUGGUAUCAUCUACGUGCUUCCCCCGGCUGUCAUCCUAGGAUCCGGUGACUUUGCAAGUUAUGCACACGUCUUGACCACCUUGCCAAUGUCCUCUGCAAUCAUCUUUACCACCAAGUUGUUUAUAGCGAUGCCAUUCGUUUACCAUACAUUGGCUGGUCUAAGGCACAUGGCCUGGGAUCUCGGAUUUGGCUUCAAAAUCAAGGAAGUCUACAUGAGUGGCUACACAUUAAUCGCCGCCACUGUCGUUGGAAGUCUCGCACUUGCAUUAUUGUGAUAAACAAGGACUGGAUUAUGACAUUCAAUUGUGUGUUUUCAUUUUGGUUAUGGGCAUCAUUGAUCCGACGGAGAGCUAGCUGUGAGAGUAUUUGGACCAACUCAGGGAUGUUAGAAGACAAUAAUGCUCCUUUUCAUGAUGGCGUGAAACUUGUACAUUUGCUCAGUGGAACUCAUAGAUGUUAUUGACAGAAGAACCUUUCUUAUAUCAAUGCUGUAUCAUCCUCUUGUACCUAUAGUUACCAAUAAAACAUCCUGUUUUAA